AUGAUUGACGAGUCAACUGACAAAUCCAGUACAAAACAUUUGGCUAUAGUAUCCCGGAUGGUUCAAAGUUCAAACUUUGAAGUUAAAGAUGAAUUUGUGAAAUUAAUUGAAGUUUCAGAUGCUAGUGCUAAAGGCGUAUAUGAUGCUAUAAUACAUUUUUUUAAUACACAUGAUAUCCCUUAUAAACAUAACUUGGCUGGUUUUGCAUCUGACGGGGCAAACGUCAUGUUUGGUAAUAAGCAUUCUGUUAAGACCUUAUUAGAACAAGAUGUUCCCCAUUUAUUCGUUAUUAAAUGUUUAUGCCAUUCGUUAGCGUUGUGUGCUUCAUACGCGUGUGAAAAACUGCCGAACGAUGUUGAAAAUCUUGUAAACGAAGUGUAUAACUAUAUGAAAUUUAGUUCCAAAAGGCAGAAACAAUUUCAAGAAUUUCAGGAGUUCUUAGAUAUGAAACCAUAUAAGUUAUUACAGCCAUCACAAACACGUUGGUUAGCACUUCAUGCUUGUGUUAAAAGAAUGGUUGACUUGUAUAAAUCAAUUAAAUUAUAUUUCCAAGCUGAACAUCUACUUGAUAAUAAGGCAACAACUAUCUAUCAAAAACUUUCUAAUCCAAUUAAUGAACUAUAUUUACAUUUUUUAAACUUCAUAUUACCAAUUUUAACAAAUCUGAACAUUGAAUUCCAAUCCCAAAAACCAAAAAUCCAUUAUAUCUAUUCCAAUAUGGAAAGAACAUAUAAAACUAUUUUAGAGAGUUACAUGAAAUAUGACUAUAUAAAAAAUACUGACACACCUCAUAUUCAAUAUAGAAAUCCUUCAAAUUUUUUACCACUUGAUAAAUUGUAUCUUGGAGCUCACUGUAUGGCUGAAUUAUCAAAAAAUCUUCUAUCAAAAACAGACAAGGACAUUUUUUUAACUAACUGUUUAAACUUUUUGGUUGAAUGUUGUCAUCAAUUUUAUAAACGUUUCCCUUUCAACUCAAAAUAUGUUCAAAGCUUGAAAAAUUUGGGUUUUCUUGAUCCAAAAAAUAUGAAUAUAAUAUCCAUUUCACAUGCGGCUUCAGAUUUUCACAUUAUAUUAGGUCUUGAUUUAAAUGAAUUAGACUCUGAAUGGAGAAUGCUUAGGCAUACAGAAAUUAAUAAAAGUGAUGAUGCUGUUGAGUUUUGGAGGGCAGUAAAAUUACUGAAGAAGGGUGCUUGGCUGGCCAGCUGCUACCUAAACUAUCCUAUGAAAAAUUAA